GAAUCCCGGUAGAAACAAAAGUUCAAAUUCCGGGUUGUCAUUCAGAUGCGGUUUUCAAAACAGUCGGUUAAUUUACUUUUAAAAUUUGAUUAAGUAGAGGAGAAAGAAUGCUGCCCACUGGCGAUGUGCAGGGCUGUCUUCGUAAAUUGGAAACUCUCUUACGAAUCGUAAAGUACCCUGGACCUGUCGACUACAAUGGCCUCUCUGUAGGAGACCCCUCAGCUUUUCUGCCAAUUUUGAGCUUCAGUCUCACCACAUUCUCUCCACCUUUUGCUGAGCAACUAGUGGCAGCUGGACUGGAGCUGACAGGCAAAACUGACCUGAGAUUCACUGACACACUCUAUAAGGUCCUGCGGGAUAUCUUCCAUUACAAGCCAAUCAUCUCCAAGCAACAGUUCCUUCAGAGGGGCUUUGUGCAAAGAAAGAUCUCUACCCUUUGUGACAUCAUUGACUUGGUCUUGCAGAGACACAAGGAACUGAAGAAGCCCAGACUCAGAAAUCCUGUGUCACACAAGGACACAAGAGGAGCGGACCAUGCAAAGCUGACCAAGCCAGAUACUGUUUGUGACUGGCACUUUGUUGUGAAUCAUAUGCAAGACGACGGCAUAUUGCCGUGUCAGAAUGAAGUGCAGGCUUUGCAUGAUGAAGUAUACUCGUCCAAUCCUCCUGAAAAUGGGAACACAAACCUGACAGAAAAGCAGCAGGAGGAGGAUGACAUUCGACAUUCUUCCGAGGUAGAGCAAAAGCUUUCUGUAAUGGAAGCUCAAAUCGACAGUCUUCUUUGUGGCCUUCAAAGGCUUGGUGCCCUGGAAGCCCGUCUGGAGGAGCUUGCAAGCAGGACGAACACAGAAAAAAAGGAAGAAGAAUUGAUCACAAUAUCAAGAGAGAGCUGGGACAAUCUAAAUGGUAGAAUUCUCUUACUGGAAACCAAAUUGGAACUUGGCCAUACAAAGUCAAGUGUUCCGCCACUAUGUCAGUCAUCUACCCCACUCUCCUCUCUCAGUGUCAUAUCUGAUUCUUCAAAGGAUGAUAUAAAAGACAGACUCGAGAGGAUCACCAACAUGUUGAAGAGUACCUCAACUCUAAUGAAGAGUGCAGACUCACCCACAACCCCUUACGAAUAGAUUGAUGAAAUGACUUAAUAAUAAGUCCGAGUCACUUUACGUUAUUCACAGAAGUACAUCAAGUCCAGCUUGUGUUUGGCCUUUGAUCGUAAUGGAAGCAGAUAUAUCUUUGUUGAAGGGGACAAAACCAAAUAAUUGUCGACAAAACUGGGAGUAAGUGUUGGGUCAUAUUUUUGUUUUGCAGAAUUCCAAAAUUCUAUGAACUGUUAUCGAUAGCCUCAGUUCAGAGGCAUGAGUUUGUAUCCAGGUGUGUAGGUUUUUUUUUUUUUUUUUGUGUGUUUUUAUUUCAUUUUACUCAGCAAUAGUUUUCAC